AUGAACCCCUUCUCUGGAGAGGGCACGCCCUAUCCCAGGGCUGCCUCAGACAGGUGUCUACAUGAUGAGACACAGAUGUCGAGCCUUCUCAGGCCUCCUUUCUCCCCACUUCCCCCAAACUUCUGUUCAUCCUCCCUUGCCCUCCCUGGUCCCCAGGAUCCUCAACCCCUCCAAACCCAAACCUGUCAUGGUGGAGAUCCUGUAUCAGAGGGAGCUUGGAAUCCUGAAGGAGAUGAGGUGAGAGGGGAAUCCUGAGCCCUGGUAGCAAGGACAGAGACCACACAGAAAAGGAAUGGGAUGUCUAGGAUGCAAGGACCCCUGCUUCUGAAUCCAAACCCUGCACAUUACUGCCAUGCUGUCUGGGGAGAGCCACACACCCCAAACUACCACAGGUGCAGCCUCCUGAAACCAGGAUAUGAAGGAGAGACUUGCCUGGAGGUGAAGAUGAGACAUUUCACUCCCUACCACACCCCUGACACCCAUCUACAUGGUUAUGCCUUGUGGUCAGGGCAGGAACCCCACUGCUGACCUAUCCAGAAAGGGGGGCCAGGGAUCCAAAACACUGAUUUCCUGUAUGUGUGGGUUGCCCACACAUCCAAGCGCCACCAACAGGGAGAGCUCUGCAUUACCCUAGUCCCCUCCUUUCUGCCCCCACCUGACCUGGCCCAUGAAUAUUCACCUAUCGUAGCCCCCACUGCCUGCUGCGAGCUGGACUAAGAAGACAGGCCCCUUGCUGAUACCACUGUCUACUGCACCCUGCAUUCCAGCCUCAGCCACAGUGUCGUGGUCAUGGCCACACUCCAUGAACUGCUCCAUGCCCUGGGUUUCUCUGGAUGGCUCCUUGAGACAUGGAAGGAUGUACCAUCUUUCCUUUUCAGUCUUAGAGAGAACUGUUCUGCAAAGCAAGUGACAAGGCGAGACGAGUGGGGACAGCUGCUUUCCACCACAGCUGGCCAAGCACUUGGAACUGCAGGAGGCUCACUGGGUGCUUCCUUGGAAGAAGAAGAGGGAGCAGUCAAAUGCUACCUCCUCCCGUGGGGCCCUUUGUCUUUACACUGGGAGGUCUGACUACUCCAGGACUAAAUGACUGCUACCUAUGACGGUGCCCAAUGUCCUAGGCUUGACCCAACCACUUGCUGCCUUCAAAGACUCAGAAAAAAAAAAGACUGGGGCUGGGACCAGGUCAACCACAGCACUGCAGAGGGGCUGUUGUGGGGCCGGGGCCUGGCCUGGAAUCUGGCCCUCGGACUGGGCUGCCACUACCCGCACCUGGAUAAAUGAAGCUGCUCCCCAGACCCCAUGCUGGGAGGCCCCUGCAGGUCCAAGCCCUUGGUCAGCGGGAGUGAAUGCUCAAAGAAGGGAAAUGGAUUCCCACCUGGGGCAGAGAAUCCCCACGGGGAGAUGUACCAUCCUUAGAGUCGGUGCUUCCUUGCCAACCUCACUUCACAGCUGCUCCCUGGGGACAAGACCAGGCAUCCCUCUCAGAUGCCACGGAAGGAAGCAGACCUGACUGGCUGCUGCUGUUUACAUCAAUGCAUAGAGAGGGCAGUGUACAAAGUGCAGGUGGAGGGAUCAUCCUGGGCCCCAUGCCUUCUAGGAAAGGCUAUUCAGAUGAACCUGUUAUUCCAGCUGUCUUGAGGAUUAGUUGGGUCUCCAAGAGACUCCCUGGGGAAGGAACAGUGAGAAACACUGACAGAAGCAGUACUACAGGCUCUAGUGAGCAGAGAAGGCACUGGCAGGUGCUAUAUCCACAGCCUUACCACUAGUCUGGUGUUCACUGCGCAUAUGUGGAAAUUUCCUGGCUGCCAAGGGCCUUCAGUUGGUAUGCUGCCUAGGGCUCUGACCUUGACUCUCCAGAAGAAACCUCUAGAAGCAGAUUCUUUCCUGUUGCGCCACCAGCGAUUAUACGAAGUUGUAUUUCUGAAAACAAGGAACCCUUGCAUGGGGCCCAUUACUGUGGGACACCUCUCCCCUCCACAGAUUCUGCCCAAUGUUGUUUUUCCUGUGGAUGCACUGGGAACCAUGGCCUAUCAGAAAGAAGCUACUCUUCAGGUGGGACCUCCUGUUUAUCAUUCACCAGAGCUCCAGUGCACAACACGGGGCCCAGUGGAGGGAUUACAAGGGCACCCGGAGACCGCCACAACAGGGUUUAGACUCCAACUAUCGCGGCCGCUUCCAUGUUUCCUGAAAACCCUAAGGAGGGCCAACCCGGCAGCCCACGCACUUCCGGCCCCGGACCCGCCCCAAACACCCAAGCUCCACAGCGCCUCAGCCUUAGGGCCGGAGAUAGCCGAAUAA